CGCAUUUCAUGAAGUUGUGGGUCUGCUCUUGAUCCAGUCAAACAGGAGGCUGUCUGCAGCCAGCUGUUACCUUUACAUUUGAGACACACAUCUGGGGAAGCAAAAUAUCAAGAUGAAGCCAAGUAGGUUUUUGUUGUUUUUACUCCUGGCUGGGUCCUGCAUCCCUGCCGUCUUUAACAAAAAGGCUUUUCCUGCACCCCAGUCUCGCUUUGCUCCCAUGGAAGACCUCGCUGCCCUGGCAAACGGCCUUCUGCAGCUAGGCCAGAGAAUGCGGGACUUCGUGCAGAAGACAAAAGGACAGAUAAACGAUAUCUUCAAGAAGCUAAGUAACUAUGACCGCUCUUUCAGCCAGCUGUCAAUACUGACCAGCAAAAUUGAAGAGGAGGAAGAGGAGCUGAAAAAGAAGAUGAUGGUGCUGACCACCCACACUGAAGAGUUCAUGUAUUUGUCAGAGGAGAGCAGCUCCAAGAUGCAGAGUAUUUUGCAGGAGAGGGAUCAACUCCAGAGCAAGGUUGACAGGCUGGAGGAGAAACUGAGCAGGCAGUCGCUGGGGCUGAUGACGGACAUGCAGGUAGCAGAGAUCAACAGCCUGAGGAGUGUUAUCCACAGCCAGGAAGAGAGUAUCACGCAGCUGCUGGAGGCUAUGAAGGAACAAAGUGACCAACUCUUUGACCAGAGAAUAAAGAUCAAGAUUCUGGAGGAUAAGCUAACAAACGACACUUCAGUCCAGAACAUCUUCAAAAAGAAGGACGUCUUGAAUUCUGAAGUUCCAACCUUGUCCCCAGUCGCCUCCAGCGGGACUAGUAGGAUGGACGGUGCACCAAAGAGAGAACUGAGCAACAAGAGGGACAGGAAAAAGUCUUGAAAUGCAGAACGGUUUUACAAAAAAUAUUCAGUUGGUCAGGUGUCCUUUUCAGUGGUUUCUUGUAUUUUUUUUUUAAAUAAAAAAAAAGCAACAUCAAGACAGCCGAAUUGUACUUUUAAUUAUUGAAGAUUUCAGAGUGGCCUUUUCUUGUGGCCAGUCUAAGGCACACCUGAGCAAUAAUCAUGCUGUCCAAUCAGCAUCUUGAUAUGGCACACCUGCGAGGUGGGAUGGAUUGUCUUGGCAAAGGAGAAGUGCUCACUUUUACAGAUUUAGACAGAUUUGUGAACAAUAUUUCAGAGAACUGGUUAUUUUGUGUAUGUGGAAAAUGUUUCACAUCUUUGAGUUCAUACCAUAAAAAAAUGGGAGCAAUAUCAAAAGUGUUGUGUUUAUAUUUUUGGUCAGUGUAUUUAUCUGAAAAAGCGUUUUGAUGAUUAGCUAAAUCUUUGGAAAUACAAAGCUCAACUUUUAGAAAAGACAAAGGACACAAUCACCAUGUUCUGAACCAAAAUCCAGUUUUAUCUUUUAGUAAUGCUGUUUUUUACUGAUUUUAACCCCAAAAAUUUGAUAUUUGGUUCUUUCCAACUGAUGUUUGUGAAACUUUUUUUUGAGAAAAUGUAGACCCUCGAUUGCUAUCCAAAGCUUUGAGUAGAAGUCGUCUCCGAUUACGUAAUAAAUUCUGAUGAGUUCAGAGA